AUCCCCCAAAAUAGGAUAGGAUCGUCAAAUAAUGGAGCAGAGCAGUGGUGGAAGAGUUAAGUUUCUCGACGAGCAUAUGGAGAACUACAACAUUGAACAUUCUGCCCUCCAUCGGAAGCUCCAGAGCAAAGUUGAGGCAUUGAAGAUUAUGCGAAAGGAGCUGGAGCGUUUUCGCACUGAGAGGGAUCAGUUCAAAUUGAUGGCGGAAACACUGCAAAUCCGCUACACAGCCAUCAAGAAGAGUCUAAAUUCCGGCGAAUCCGGAACCGUUGAGUUCACUGAGAGAUCCAGCGUGGCAGCUAUUGUGAAUGACCUGCGUGAGAGGAAUACAGCUCUGACGACGGAACUCGAGUCCCUGAGGCAGAGUUUGUCAGAGAAGGAGGGGGACAUUAGGGUGCUGCGAGAGCGGAAGUGCAGGGUGUGCGAAAAGUGUCAGAAUGGUAGUCUCAGUGGACAGGAGGAUUCACCUCGUGCCGAAUGGAAUGAAGAGAAAUCCCAAUUCAUUGCUCAACUGGAGGAUCUCAAGAAAAAAAACGCUCAGCUAAAAUACGAUUUCCGGUCACUGCUGGAUGAGAAGGAGGAAGUUGUCACAGAACGAGAUGCCUUCAAGUGCAAGGUUCAUCGACUGAAUCAUGAGCUGUCGGUGGCUCUCAAGGGGAAUGAAUCUCAAAUCAAGGUUCUCGAUAUUGAUUCACUUGUGCGGGAGAACAAAUAUUUGCAGGAGAGACUGAAAAACGUGGAAAAUGAGUUGGAGCUCGUGCAGCACUCGCUCAACAAAUAUAAGGCUAUGCUGGAGAUGAAGAGAAACAAAAAGGGCAUUGUGAAGCUCGGUGGGAGCAACAGCGAUAUGAUAAUGUCUCACAAACAAGUGAAAGUUCUCCUGGAGCGAGGAACUGAUGCUGAGUUACCAAAUAAAGCGGCUACAAUAGCAGAUUUGAAAUCACUCUGCCUUGCUCUGUUGGACAAUGUGAAUGACAAAACCCUCGCCCUGACGCAUCAGAAGAAAGCCAAUAAAAUCCUUGCACUGAGAAUUGCUGAACUGGAGCACAGAUUGGAGCAAACAAGUUGGACAGCAUCACCGUCCGAAUUACUCCUAAAUGGGUAUUCUGCGUCAAAUGUUGACAAAGAUUUGGAAGGUGUCUUGGCGAAUUCCAUAAAUCCAUCCUCCUCGGCAUCCACGUCUGUUUCUAAUGACGAAGAAAUCGAUGUGAGUGACGAUGAGGGGGAUCUUUCGACGUCCGAACAGGAAUCUGUGGUGGAUUGUGAGGAAAAGCUCGAGGAGCUCCCCCCAGAAUUGGCGGAACUUGUGGAGAAGGCACUCAGGGAGGAUGACUCCGACACCCCAACUACCACUGAGAAUGUAAAUUAAUAAAAGAGAAAUUGUCUGUUGAAAAAAAAAUUGAAAAUGUUGCG